AUGACUGCAUGCCAAAAGGGGCGCCAUGUCGGCAAGUCGUUUAGCGAAAGGCUGAACCGUGCCUUAAGCAAACGGCUGCUGGGGCCACUUCUGUCACAGCAACAGUCGACCACGGAACGUGACGCCGCUCUCGCGCUUGUCAAACAGGCCAAUGGUAAACAAACAGAGCGACACAAGGCCGCCAGUGUCACAUUGCAAACAAGUUGCACCGCCCAGCCGUCGGUCGCGCUUCCCCAUUGA